GGGAUUCUCGGAAUUUUGUCUAAAUGUCGAUCAUGACACUUCCGGUUAUAUCAAGAAUCGGGAAGGUUUUGCUUCGUUAGCACUGUCUACACCAUUAAAAAUCCUUGCCGUUGAAAAAUAAUGUUAUUUUGAAGCUGAUCAUGGMGGGGGAUGGUGUUUCUAAUAUCACUGAUGGACCAGACAUUGAUGAAGAUAGGGUUUAUCGUACGGUUCUCGUCAAAUCGUUGCCUCCAUCGACAAACAAAAGAAAUCUAAUGAUUCACUUUCAAUCUCGUAAAAAUGGCGGAGGAGAUAUUGAAGACUUAAAGCUUCUUGAUAAUGGUUCUGCAGUCAUAACCUUCGAAGAAGAGAAAG